GACGCGGCGAGGAGGUCGAGAGAUGUCUCGCGCGCUCGUCGCGCUGAGCGCCGCGCUCGCGCUGAGCGCGCGACGCGUCGACGCGAACGAUGUCGUCGACGACGCCGCGCGGACGCGAGACGCGCUGACGUCGCGAUUGACGACGAAAACGGUGCGACUCGAACGAUUCGCGACGGAUUUGGAAUCUCUAGCGGCGAAUGAUUACGACGAGUACGCCGCGUCGAGCGGGUAUUUCGCGCUCAAUCGCACGACGAAGGACGCGCACAUGUUUUACACGUUUUUUGAUGCGCGCUCGGGAGGCGCGGAGAGCGAGGACGCGAUCCCAAUCAUUCUGUGGCUCACGGGCGGACCGGGAUGUUCUUCGGAAUUGGCAGCUCUAUACGAAAACGGACCGUUCGCGUUCGACGAAGACGACGCGACGAAAUUGAAGCGACGCAAAUACGCGUGGAACGACGCCGGAAGGUUGCUUUACGUGGACUCGCCGGUGAACACGGGAUUUUCGUAUUCGAGCUCGCGGCGCGACGCGGCGAAGGACGAGACGACGGUGGCGAACGAUUUGUUGGAGUUUUUGUACGCCUUCAUGUUGAGUAGACCGAUGCUCGUGGAUGCGCCGGUUUACGUCACGGGAGAAUCGUACGCGGGGCACUAUGUGCCGGCGUUCGCGAGGGCGAUUUUCGACGCCAACGCUCGAGACGAUGGACCCGUGAGAAUAAAUCUUCAAGGCUUAGCCAUCGGAAAUGGGCUGACGGAUCCCGCUAUUCAGUACGCGGCGUACGCGGAUUAUUCGCUCGGGAACGACAUCGUGAGCGCGGCGACGGUGAAGCAAACGGCGAAGAAAUUACCGUCGUGCGUGGAGAAAAUCAAGUCGUGCGCGAGCGGUAAAACGUCGAGCAAGGAAAAUCGCGCCGAAUGCUUGGACGCGGUGGAUUCGUGCCAAGCCAUUCCUGAGGCAUUGCUCGAAGAUGCCGCUGAACGCAACGGUGGGAAGGCAAUCAACGUGUACGACAUACGUAAAUCGUGCGACGCCGAGCUUUGUUACGAUUUCAGCGCCGCGGAAGCGUUUUUGAACCGUAAAGACGUUCAAGAAGCGUUCGGGGUGAGUAAGAAAUGGGAAAUGUGCGACGCGAGCGUGCACCAAGAUAUGAUGGGGGAUUGGAUGCACGACUACGAGACGUUGAUUCCAGACAUGAUCGAGGCCGGGAUUCGCGUGAUGAUUUACGCCGGCGAGGAUGAUUUCAUCUGCAACUGGCUCGGAAAUCUUCGCUGGGUGAAGGCGAUGCAAUGGAACGGACGCGAAGCGUUCAACGCCGCACGUCCUGAGCCUUUCAUCAUCCAGGGUGCGGGUGACGGCGAAGACGACGUUGUGGGUGGCGACGUGCGCGAACACGGCGGUUUAUCCUUCGUAAAGAUCAGCGAAGCGGGACACAUGGUACCUAUGGAUCAGCCACGAAACGCGCUGACAAUGAUUCAGCGCUUUGUGAACAACGAACCGAUCGCGCGCGGUCGAGGUGGUGACGAGCCGAAACUCUCCGCUGCACCACGACGUUUCGGCCCCGUCGAAGACGACGUCGUUGGCCGCCUCGCUGUGGCGACUCAGAAAUGA